AUGGACACACGCCUCCCACAGCCCUCAAUUCCCGACCUCCGCCCCGUCCACAUCUUCCACGACACCCCAACAACCCUAACCCCAAGCGGCAGCUCCAGUGGCCCCUCUAUGCCCCCUCUACUGCGCGACAACAACCUCACCUCACUAAGCCGCCACACCAUCGCCACCGCUGCCCGCAUCGGCUCAACCAACCACGACAUCGACGAGCAAGGCCCAACCAACGAAGAUCUCUUCAGCCACCUCCCAGACGGCAAACGCCGCAAAUUCAUCCUAGUCGAUGACCCGCAGCGCGGCUGCCGCGUCCGCGUCAAGGUCGUCCUGGACAAAGUCAACAUGGACGAGAUCCCAGACUCCUACCGCGAGUCCAACGCCGUCUAUCCGCGCACCUACUUCCCGAUCCAGAUGCGCGACGAGAACCGUGUGAUCCCCGCCAAGCGAUUCUUUCGCGAUGACGCCGAGCAGGCGGAUGACCCCGAAUCAUCGACUGUGGGUCGCACGACCGUGCCCGCGCCGUCGCUCGACGCCGACGCUGAAAUUGACGUGCCGAAGAUCUCCCGCAGAAAACACCACAAGGAGUUGAUGCUUAAUGACCUCGGCUACCGUAUGAGCUGGAGUCAGAGCCGUGUGUUUGCGGGACGGAUCUUAUUCUUGCAGCGAUCGUUGGAUGCCUACCGUGAUAAAAUGCGAAGUAGUAUGAUCGCUGCGGGCCAGGACGCCACGGAUAUCCCGGAUCAUUUCGAUACUCGUCGGGGCAAGCGACGGUUCCUGGAGCGUGGGUGUCGGGAGUCGGAGAAUUCUGCACAGCGGAGUGCGGAGGAGGUUGAAGGGUGA